UCGGUGACGUCAUCACGCAGCGCCUGUCAAACUUUGACAGCAGACAGUAAUGCAAACCGUCACGCGGUGAUUUAUUUUUACCCGAAAGCGACAGCAGCAGCUUUCACGACCCACCGAACCGAUCCGAUGAAGACGCGCGUGCGAUCGCGUGUGUGCGCGUGCGUUGCGCUGCUGCUGCUGUUCGUGGUGCACGCGAGUUUCUCUCACGAGGACAUAAAACUUCUCGAAGACUAUGAGGAGUCAGAGGAUCUGGAUGUGCGGGUUCAGGUGUCGGGUCGAGCGGUGGUCCCGGGACUCAGAGCUCAGGACUGGAUCUCCUCUGCUCGGGUUCUGCUGGACGGAGACAAACACGUGGGAUUCAUCAGAGAUGAUGGAGGUUUCACAGUCAGCGAUGUUCCGUCCGGAUCGUAUGUUCUGGAAAUCUCCUCUCCAACCUACAGAUUCCAGCCUGUCCGAGUCGACAUCACCACUACAGGGAAAAUGAGGGCUCGUGUGGUCAACUACAUCAAGACAUCGGAGGUGAUCCGACUGCCGUACCCUCUUCAGAUGAGAUGCGUCGGCCUACAUUCAUACUUCAUCCCGCGGGAAACCUGGGGCUGGUCCGAUUUCCUCAUGAACCCGAUGGUUCUUAUGAUGGUUCUUCCUCUUCUGAUCAUUGUUCUCCUUCCUAAAGUCAUCAACCCCAGUGAUCCGGAGAUGAGGCGGGAGAUGGAGCAGUCCAUGAACAUGCUGAACUCCAACCAGGAGCUUCCUGACGUCUCAGAGCUCGUGACCAAGUUCUUCUCACCGCCUAAAAAUCAAGGGAGGCCAGGGGGCGGAGCCAGGGUUCCUCGGGGAGGGGCUCCGAGUGUAAGGGGCGGGGCUCCGAGGCGGAGAGGAAAGACUAAUAUGGCCGUGUCAUAUACAGAAUAAGACGGCUAAGAGAGUGAAAAAGCUUUUAUUACUCAUUACUGAACUCUACAGGUUCAUCUGCUGUGUUUGAUAAAGACUUCAGCAGGUCAGAAGACAAUAUUUCUGUCUCUGUUUAUACGUGAAUGUCAUUACACUGCUGCUGAAACUCCACUGAAGCUGCUUCACCUGCAUUAAUAACACUUUACUAUAACGUUCCAGCAGUUAAUGAUAGUAAACACAUUAACUAAAGGAGCAGAUCAUUUGUUACAGUAUUGAUUAAUCCUUUAUUAGUUCAUACAAUAAACCUCUUCAUUAUUAGUUCAUGUCCGUCGAAUCAUAUUAACAGAGACAACGGUAACGCUUUCAUUUGUCAGCAUUAGUGAACUACACUGGAAACAUAAACUUUUUAAUGUUAAUCUGAACAUUUACUGAUACGUUUUUAAGAUCAAAGGUUGUAUCUGUGAACUAAUAUGAACAUGAACAUUUUAAUUAAUUAACAUUAAAGAUAUAAAUAUAUUGUGGAAGGAUUCAUUGCUCAUUGUUAGUUUAUGUAUUAACUAAUGUUAACAAAUGAGUUUAUAGUGAAGUGUUAUCAAAUCAAUUAUUAUUAUAAACUAUCAUACAAGUUCAAAGAAAAACUUGUACACCUUAAUAAAGGUGUAAAUUAAUAAAUGAAAGUCUUUCUUGUUUCUUUGUUUUCUUUCUUUA